CUACUCAAGCGCAUCUCGCGUGAAUCGUGGGCGUGCUGCUGCUGAUCCAGUGACUCGCGCGGAAAACUAAAGUUGAUCUGUCAUUAAGCUGGACUAAGUCUUCAGAGAUCGGCUGAAUUGGUGAAUUUAAUUUCAUCUGGGUCAUGCUGAAACCACAGACGGGCUCUGCGGUCCGGAAACCCCCUAACGGGGUGCCUGCAGCGGUCAGUAUGUCAGCCGCGGGGAGGGGUCGAUCAAGCAAACCUCCCUCCUCUCCUUCUGUGUUUGAGGGUGUGUACAACAACGCCAGGAUGACCCACUUCCUCACAGCGGUCGUGGGCUCCACGUGUGACAUCAGAGUUAAGAAUGGGAAUGUGCACGAGGGGAUCUUCAAGACUCUUAGCUCAAGGUGUGAGUUGGUCGUGGAUGCGGUGCACAGACGUGGCGAGGAGGACAGCUCGUCCAUUUCUCCCAAGAGAGAGGAGAUCACAGACACUAUGAUAUUUAACCCUGUAGACAUUGUAACCAUGACGUGCCGAGAUGUGGACCUGAACUUUGCCACUAGAGAUACUUUCACAGACACAGCAAUCAGUCUUUCUCCUGUGAACGGGGAACAUAAAGAGAAAGUUCUGCAGAGAUGGGACGGAGGAGACAGCAACGGAGAGAGCUACGACCUCGACACAGAAGCGUCCAACGGUUGGGAUGCAAAUGAGAUGUUUCGCUUUAAUGAAGAAAACUAUGGAAUCAAAUCAACGUAUGACUCCAGUCUGUCUAUGUACACGUUUCCUCUGGAGCGGAACAGCUCCGAAUGCUACAGACAGCGUGAAGCACGAGCCGUCCGAUUGGCUAAUGAGAUCGAGUCCAGCCCACAGUACCGCCACCGGGUGUCGCUAGAGAAUGAUGAUGGGAAGAGUGAGGAGGAGAAAUACAGUGCUGUGGUGAGAGAUGGAGAGCGAGAGAAGGGCAGAGAGAGUCCACGAGAGAGAGAGAGAGGCAGAGACAGUCCCAGCGGUGUCAGCAGGGAGGGUAAAUAUAUUCCUUUACCCCAGCGGGCGAGAGAGAUGGGCGCGUCUAACAGAGGUGGCCGUGGUGGAAGCAGCUAUACCACAAAUCGUUCCACACCCCCUGGCUCAUCCCCACGUCUGCCUCUCAUCUUUGGGUGGUCACAGCCACCCCUCUCAUCAGAGCGGAGUAGCCCCCGAGGUGGAUUCUCGCCUAACACAUCCUCUCCCAGACUCAGUGAACCUUCUUCAGUGGGCUCAGGGAGCAGCUUGCCCACCCCAAACACACAUUCACACCCAUUUACCACCAUUACACACUCACACUCCCUCCCGCACACGCUCUCUGACGCCUCCCGCACCAUCAACGGAGUUUCUUCCAGAACGUCUCCAAAAUCCCAGAAACCUUCACAGACCAACAGAGCAGCUCGACCAUCCAACACACACCCCUCAGCCUCUCGAUCUCCAAAAUCUGACGUUCCUUUACAAGACGCUUCCAUUCCCAGCUCCACAUCAGUGGACAACCUCAAACAGAAGUAUUCUGGCCCUGCCCCUUUAUUUCCAGUUGAUGUGAAUGAGAUUUUGAGCUCUGCAGGGAAAGAGAAACCAGCUGAAACUCUUCCCAGCACUGAAGAAUCCAACAGCAAAGCACCAUCUAUUCAGCAGCGCUCUCAGAUUGAAGAGCUUCGCAGUUUUGGCAAUGACUUCAGGCUCCCGUCCAGUGGAGGAAGUCCAAAUCCUCCCAAUGUACCAUCAGCACUCACACAAGAGACCCCCAGCACUACCCAGCCCAACUCAACUAAACCCAACACACAACCGGCCAGUCCUGUGACAGAUAGCAAACCCAGCCUAAACCAGAGCUUAAUCCCAAGCCCUCAGGGUCAGAAUGCUGCCUCGGCUCUUCCAGCAGAAGACGCCAAAGAGAAAGAGUCCAGUGUCCCUCUCGCAGACAGGCAAUCGCCAGGGAUGCCUCAGCCAGCCAGGACCCCAGGCAGUGAGGACCCCAGACCAGACUCCACAUCAGCAGAGGCUGGGACAGAACAAGUGAAAAAAUCCACUUUGAACCCCAAUGCAAAGGAGUUUAACCCCAUCAAACCACAGAUGACUCUGUCAAAGACAUCUACCGUCCCCACACCCCCCCGUCCAGUACCUCACAGCCCGUCUGUAUUUCUUCAGCAUGGACAGAACAUCUACAACACCUCCUAUUUAGGAUACGUUCCCCAGAUACACUCUGUACAGGCCCCGCAGAUGUAUCAGUACACUAUGACUACUGUUAACCAGGGUAAAUACCCCAGACCACCGAAAGGUUCUGUAGUGGCUCCGCGGUCAGAUCAUAACUCAACAGCGCCACCCAUGUUACAGGCUGCUGCGUCUGCUGCGGGAGCAUCAAUAGUGACGUCACCUUACGGUCAAUCGUACCUUCAGUGCACCCCGCAGCAGUACGGCCAACAACAGGUCAUACAAGCCAUGACUCCAUAUGCACAGCCCAUGUACUCAGUGUUGCAGAGUGGCGCUCGUAUGUUGGGUCAAGGUGGAGGUCACCCACAGGCUCUCGGCCCUCCUACAGGCGCACAGUUCACCGGACAGCCUGAUGUCCCUCAGGGGCCACAGCAAGGCCUGUAUGCUCCUCAGACGUUCUCACAUCAUUCGGCGUCUGUUCAUCCUCCUCAACCCUCCAGCACACCGACAGGAAACCAGCCCCCUCAACACACUGCACCAAGCCCAGGACAGUCGGGUCAGACCGGGCCGCAGCCAUUAUAUCACUCUGGGCCGCUGUCAGCCCCCACACCCCCCACCCUGCUGCCUGGACACAGCUCACCACAGACCUCAUACCCACUCCAGGGUUACAGUUUGCACAGACAUCAGCCCAUGCCUCACACGUAUCCUGCUCUGAGUCAGCUCACACAGACUCAUGUUCCAGGGCCGAUGACAGGCCCACAUCACUCAGGCACUCACGGACCACCACAGGUAGUGAUGCUGCAUGCUCCACCCCAUCAGACUGGCCCAGGCUCCGCCCCUCAACACCCACCACACGGGCCCCAGCAAGGACCACCCCAACACUACGCUUACUUGCAUCAGGUUCAGGUUCAUCCUUCUCAGCAGAUCCCAUUCCACCCUCCAGGAAACUGAACAAAUGAAGACACUGCUGCUCAUUCAUCACUUUUUAAACCCAAGACUGCUGGUUUGUUAAAUGCAGCCAGGAUCAAAACGCUGUUAACGGUACUGGAUCACACAACACAAACCCUCAUCUGGAUCAGUUUUUUUUCCUGAAUCCUCUGCUUUUUGUGAAAGAAGAGGCAAAUACAUCAUCGUUUUAGAUGAACAAACAACAAUAGCUGAAACUGUGAGUGGACAUGAUAAAUGAAGAGGUUUUAAUUCAAUGUAAAAAUAGAGUUUGAAAGAAUCCUGGAU